UAUUUUAGAAUUUGUAAAUACUUCAAAACAUACAUCUAACAAUGUGUCAUGUUAUAGGCAACUCGAAACCUUGAGGCAAUAUUUCUUACAUGGGACGAUGAUGUUAUAGGUAUGUAAACGUUGUAUUGUGAAAGAAGAAAUUCCUGUGUUUUGUUGAAUGAGAAACUGCCUAAUAUUAUCAUAGACAAUUCAACAAUUACAAAACUGCUUCUAAAUUUACGGAAUCAUGCAACUGGUUUACAGACGAAAGAAUCAAGGCGGAUGGUCUAUCAAAAAUUAAACACCUGAAAUUGCUUUAUGUUGCGAACGUGAACUUUUCGGGAAGUCUCAGUCAUCUUUCGAAUGAACUAGGAUAUCUUGUUUGGUACAGAUAUCCGUAUGAGUGUUUGCCUCAAAGUUUUCAGCCACACAAACUAGUUGAGUUAAUCUUAAGUAAGAGCAGUAUUCAACGACUGUGGGAAGGCACAAAGCCGUUACCCAAUUUGAAGCGUUUGGAUCUCUCUUUUUGCGAAAGUUUAGUUGAGAUGCCAGAUGUAGCAGAGGCCCUAAAUCUUGAACGGAUAAAUCUUCAAGGAUGCGUAAAGCUCCAAAAACUCAAUCCAUCGAUUGGGAGUCUGAGAAAGCUUGUUGUUUUGAAUUUGAGACACUGCAAAAAACUAGUAAUCUUAUCCAAUAUUAUAUUGGGCCUGAAUUCUCUUAAAUAUCUGGAUGUCUUACUAGAUGAAACAAGGAACACAGAGCACUUGAUCAGCUGUUUGUCGCCCUCCUCUCCUCUCUCUUGUUUGUGUGAACUCGAUCUAAGCUUCUGUAGCUUAGUUGAAAUUCCUGAUUACAUUGGAAAGUUACGUUGCUUAGAGAGUCUAAAUUUAGAGGGAAACAAUUUUGUUAAAUUGCCUAACCUCAAGGACCUUUUUAGACUGUCUUUUUUAAACCUACAGGAUUGCAAGCGAUUGAAAUACUUGCCUGAUCUCCCUUCACGAACUGUCUUGCCCUUAGAACAUUUCAAGCUGUCGAGAGUCUCAGCUCCAAUACUUGUUUGGCCUUAUUUAUUGAGUUGUAAAAGUACAGGAUUAAUCAUUUUCGGCUGCCCAGAAUUAGUUGAGAAUGAACUGUGCAUUACAAAGAGUUUUUCAUGGGCAAUUCAAAUUGUUGAGGCGACCUACCACUACGCGACCUACUACGACCAGGCGACCUACCGAUGGCUAUUCCCAGAAAGUAUUAUACCUGGAAGUCAAAUACCGAGCUUGUUCAACAAUGAGUUUGUGAACGUGGACAUAGAAUACCUGGACAAAGAAAACAUAACCGUUGAUCCACCUCCCGUUCCGCAUGACAAUAAUUUUAUUGGUGUUUUGUGUUGCGUAAUAUUUCGUCUAGACCAUGAAGAAAUUCCAAUGGAUUUUAGAAGAGAUCACAUGUGGUUACAUUAUGAAGAGGUUUCUAUGGACGAACGUGGUAUUCAUCAUUAUCCUUUCAGGUUGAGGUCGAUUAUCUCAUUGUUGGCUUACGAGGAUUUUGUUACGGCGGAUGUGAAGAAAUUUCAGUAUCGCUGGGUAAAUGAACAAGACCUAAUUAACCUCAAAAUGAUGCAUUGUGCAAAUUUGACAGCUCGGAAGCGCAAGACGUAAUUGAGGAAAACGGUUAGG